AAAAAAGAUUGUAUAUAUAUUAAACAAAAACAAGAUUUGAAAGCAAAGGAUUUAUUUAUUUAUUUUUUUUUAAAGGAAAGUAGAGAAGUUUGCCCUAUGGUCUGAGUUCUUUUUUGAAGCAGAUUCUUUCUUGGGUGGUUUUGUGAGCACUUUUUUUCUUACCCUAUUUUAUAUGAUGAAAUAGACAAAAAAAGAGGUGAGGUUCACAUUUUUGUUGUUUUUGUUUUGUUUCGUUCCGAACCUAGGCAUGUCUUGAGGUAGGAAUAGGUCUUUUUAUUGUUUUCUUUUAGUCUGGUAUAAGCUUUUUGAUUUUUGUUUUCUAACCUAAGGGGUGUCUUGAGGUAGGAAGAGGAGGAGGUCUUGUUUUUUUUGCCUCCUUUAGUCUUGUAAAGGCUAAUUGAUUCUAUUGGUCUUAACCCGGGGUUCAUCCUAAGGUAGGACGGCCAUUUUUGUUAUGACCUCCUUGUAUAUUCUAUUUCUAUCUUUAAUUAAUUGCAAAAACCAGCAAGUUGGACACUAUAUGCCAUCAUCAGAAUCAAUCAAAGGUAUGCUCUAAAAAUGGCUGUCCCUGUAAUUGAUACUUACAUAUAUGCUUCACAUGUUAAGACGAACUGAUCAAUCACAAUAUAUAUAGUAAUGAUUGAAUAAUAAAAUAUUUUAAGUGAUCACUCAUAGUAUAAUGAUGGAAUGAUAAAAUAUUGGAUUGUCUUGUAUUUAUGCUCUAAGCCCUCUUCACAAAAGCUCAAAUUCUACUUGAACACAAAUUUCACGUACACAGACACAGAGAGAGAGAGAGAGAGAGAGAGAGAGAAUGAGUGGAGAAGGUAAGGUGGUGUGUGUAACAGGAGCUUCAGGUUACAUAGCUUCAUGGUUGGUUAAGCUUUUACUUGAACAUGGCUACACUGUCAAAGCCACUGUUCGUGACCCAGAUGAUCUUAAGAUAAAACACUUACAUGAACUUGAAGGAGCCAAAGAAAGACUUCAUUUAUUCAAGGCAAACUUGUUAGAAGAAGGAUCUUUUGAUUCUGCUGUCGAUGGCUGUGAAGGUGUUUUCCAUACAGCCUCACCUGCAUUUCUCUCAAACUAUGACCCUCAGUCAGAAUUGAUUGAUCCUGCAUUGAAGGGAACACUUACAGUUCUCAGAUCAAGCGCAAAAGUUAAGUCUGUCAAGAGAGUUGUUAUCACAUCUUCAAUGGCUACAGUUGCAUUCAAUGGAAAACCUCUGACCCCUGAUCUAGUGGUUGAUGAAACUUGGUUUUCAGAUCCAGCUUUUUGCAAGGAGUCAAAGUACUGGUAUCAUCUUUCGAAGACCUUAGCAGAAGAAGCUGCCUGGAAAUUUGCAAAAGAGAAUGGAAUUGACUUGGUCACAUUACAUCCAGGAUUGGUGAUUGGUCCCUUCCUACAGUCAACGGUUAAUUUCUCUACAAAGGUCAUUCUGGACAUCAUAAAUGGAGCACAAACAUAUCCUGGCCCUUACAGACUUGUUGAUGUUAGAGAUGUUGCAUAUGCACAUAUGCAAGCUUUUGAGGUAUCCACAGCCAAUGGCAGAUAUUUGCUUGUUGGAAACGUUACACAUUUCAGUGAGGUUCUGAAGCUGUUGCAUGAAAAUUACCCCACUUUCCAUCUUCCUGAAAAGUUUGGAGAUGUGAAGAAUGAGCCAAUAUACAAGAUCUCCAAUGAGAGAGCAAAGAGUUUGGGCAUCAACUUUAUGCCUGAGGAGGUGAGUCUUAGGGACACUGUCGAAUGCUUCAAGGAGAAGGGUUUCCUUAAUGUCUAAGAUGCUGCUGUCCAGAAAGUGAUGCAGAGCAUUACAAAUAGUUUCUGUAUUCAUAAACCCAUAUGUGCACAGCACACCUCCCCUAAUAAUACGUGACGUGGUUUGGAGAAUAAUCUAUAUUUACAUUCUAAAAGUCUAUUUUUGGAAAGAUUUAAAUCUUAAAAUUACU